AAAAAGAAGCCCAAGCACCGACUUCCAUUUCUUGAAAAAAAUCAACAAAAGCUUAAAUUUUUCUCCUUUCUUUUUGUUCAAGAACAAGAUUUAGGAGCUUGAAAUCUUUCCCCUCUGCAGAAAAUCUCGGAUCUACUCUGCUCCUUCCUCCCUUCCGUCCGCUGCUCUUGGUGUGGGUGUGAGUUUUCCAGUUUUGAUUUCUUGAUUUUCCUUCCAUGCCAGUCGGCCUCCCUCAAACCCGCCAGCUCCAACUUUGCUUGCUGGAUUUCUGGUGCUGUUAUGGCUUAGAGCACUUGGAUUGAGUCCUCAAUUUUAUGCAAUUUAAGGAUGUCGAUUGGGCCUAUAAACUCCACACGCAGUCACGACACAUCAGGGAGAUGAGGACGUAAAGAUGCAAUACAUCUAGCAUGUGAUGUUACCCGAGUAAUGGACGUGGGACAUACUCACUCUAUUAGUCCAUAGGAUUCCAUUCAUGCAGCAACCUCAUCCCAUAAUGAGAGGUAGAAGGGAAGAGGUCCCAACAAACCAAAAAAACCUAUAAGAAGACCAAAUGAGAGACCAUUUAUACAAAUUUCAUAUAAGGGUACAUUCUGGGAUGUAGAAGUCCCUAGAUUGAUUACGACCCUAUGGAAGAGGGUUUAUAAUGGUGAUUACUUCACAUACGACUUGUUCCCAAAACACAAGAAGAUGCAAGUGUGGGAGCUAUUUAAGGUAAAAAUAAUUAUCAUUUCAUACAUAAUCCUUUCAUCUAAUAUGUACCAUAUGAUCAAUGCUAACUGUAAUAAUAUAUAUGAUGAAGCCAAAAUCCCUAUUGCAAGUUCAUUAGUCAAUACAGGCAAUUUAAUGGUCGAUAUGAGGAAGAAAAAUUGGGCAUCUGGGGAGCAAGUUACACACACUACAGGAUCAAUGAGUUUCGAUGUGCAUAAAGAAAGGAUGACCAAAUCUACCAAGGGGUAAAGCUAGCACACCAAGUCCUAUAUAAGGAAACACACACUUUGCGAAAAGGUGUCCCCUAAAGGUUAGGAAGCUCCAUGAUGUGGCGAGAAACAGAAGGCUCGUCAUGUCCAACUCAACAUCAUGGCCACCAUGAGACAACAACGCAUGGGCAAUUGCUGUUAGGGGAUGCCACAGCAAUUUCAUGCCCAUAAUUGGUUCGUAGAUAAACCCAAAGGAAGUUGGGUUUACUUAUAAAAAAUGGCAACCAAUGGGGAAUUCAUAUAUGAGCUUGAUGAUAUCAGACCUAGAUGAAAAACAAGCAAAAGAUAGAGAGGCAAUGCAAAUGAUGUAGGAGAAAUAGGGCAUGUGAGGAAGGAAUGAGAAGCAAUGCAAUGGAUGAUGGAAAAGAUGGCAAGGAUCUAGGCAUCUAUAUCAUGGCAAUUUGCUGCUUGGAGUGCAUAUGGGAUGCACCCCCCUAUUGCUAGCCCAUCAUUGCCUCAUUCUGGGCAAGCAUUUCCUCUUGUAGGGUCCUCAUUACCAACUGCUAGGCCAUCAUUUCCUCAUGCAAUGCCAAUGCAACUCCCAAUAGAACUUGGAUUCCCUAUGGGCGAAAUGGGGAGACAGCCACAAGCUCCAAAUACAUCCUCGGUCAAUACCCCACAAGAUGAUUAUGGUUACCAAUCGAGAUUUGAUGCUGAUUACCAAGGUGCAUUUGGGUCCAAAUGAUGAGUGUGCAUGAGUUUACGAACUCAAAACUUGGCAUAUUCUUGCUCUUGAUGGAAAUACUUUCGUUUUUUGGAUGGAAGAUUUUAAUUUGUUUGGACAUGGGUGUAUAUGAUAGUUGGGAUUGAAUGGUUUAGAGUAACAUUAGCUAAAUUUCUGUGAGUUGUAGGUUUAGAAUAUGCACAUGGUCAUAUUACAUGCUGCAUAUGGUAUUUAUAUAGUUAUUUUUUUAAUUUAUGAUUAAGAAAUGGGGGAAUUAUAU